AUGGGGCCGAUUGCAGCUCGUUUGAAGACCCGCGCCGAACCCAUGCAGAAGGCCGACAGACCAAGCAGCGCGGAAGCUCAGGAGCAGGAGCAGCCCUGUCCAGAGGGCACUUCAGCAUCGCCCUCAGACGGCAUCAUGGCCAUCUACCAGCAGUUCAGGCACCUGUGGGCGCGCUCGGCUCAGCCUGCGCACAGCAGCAACAGGCGUGGCCGCAGCCACGGCUAUACUCUCCCGAGCCAGCCUGUGCAGCAGCAGCAGCAGCCUUUGCCGCCCGCGGCUGCCAACCUGCAGCACCUAGAGGCCCUGCAGCACCCACUGCCCAUCCUGCUGCCGCUGUUCGGCCUCUCAGCAGCUGCUGCAUGAGGCAAUGUGGCAGUCACAUCAUCACACAGCGCCCCUGGCAAUUUCUGUAUUUCCUAGCGGAGGCCAAGCAGCAAUCUGAGCGCUGCCCAGCAAGACGAAUUUAUUUGCACUGCGGGAUAAGGGUCAGUACAGAGAUUAAGCGCUUCAGAGGUGUCCUGGGGAAAUUAUUUGGCUUUCUUUACCUGAACUUAUAUUCCGAGCAAGUGUUUAGAAACACUGAUGUAUGCAUGCAGCUGGAUUAGAACCUCUUGCUCAAGCAUCUAUUUUGAUUCGGACAUUCCUAGACAUAGACUAAUAUGUUGUGCCCAACAUUGAACUUCCUUGCCCGGCUGAUAUAGCCAGCCUCUGAGGCAGCGGUCAUGGAAUUUGAGACUAGGCUGCUUUGUUAAAGCAGCAGCAGGAGAACACAAGAGCGGGAUCUCAUGAUGUGAUGUCUCUAGAUUAGGUCCGCACUGAGGCAUGUGAGUAUAAGAGUCUGAAUUCAUGAACUGUAGCCAUGUGCAACGAGUUGCAAAUGGCGGGUGCCGCACAAUCAAUACUAGUGUGGCCAGCCUUUGCACUGCAUUGCCACAGCUGAGCUGUCCGCAUAAAGCUACAUAGUACAAGCAAAUCAGACAAACACACAAGUGUAUGGUAUGAGCAAUGUGGUCCGGAUGAAUGUGUAACAACAAAAAUUGCCG